AUGAUCCGUCUCAAAGCUAAGCAAGCGGAGAAAAAAGCUGAGGAGAAGGAGGCAGCAGAAGCAGCUGCCAAAGUCGGUGAUGUGAUGCCGUCUAUUAAGCCAAAGACAAAGAUCCUCGGUGUUGGUCGUGGUAAACGAAGUGGUGCCAGCAAAGAGAAGAAGCGGACACCAGGUGAAAUUCGGAUCCAAAAAGAUAUUGCCGAAUUGGAUGGUGGCAAAGCGGCGACAGUCACGUUCCCUGAAGUAAAUGACCUUACAGUAUUCGAUGUCAAGAUUGCUGUGGAUACAGGUCUAUGGAAGGGCGCGUCGUACGGGUUCAGCUUUAAGAUUCCGCCCAUGUACCCACAUGAUCCGCCAAAGGUCCGGUGUCUAACCAAAAUUUAUCACCCGAACAUUGACCUUGAUGGCAACGUGUGUCUCAAUAUCCUACGUGAGGAUUGGAAGCCAGUAUUGGACAUCAACUCGGUCAUUUAUGGCUUGAUUUACCUAUUUUACGAGCCGAACCCGGACGACCCACUCAAUAAAGAAGCCGCAGAGCUAUUUCGCAAUGACCCGUCACAAUUUGCCGCGGUGGUGCAUCGAUCUUUGCGUGGGUACAGCGUCAAAGGCAUCGAGUUUGAAAAGCUGAUUUAG